AUGGGAGAAGUGAACGUAACGUUUAAGGAACCAGUACACAUGAUUUUUGACUGGAUCAAACACGAGCCGUAUUUUCGAUGGCCGAACAAGAUGGGAGGGGACCCAUCUAGAAGGAAUCAGAGUCUGUACUGCACUUAUCAUCGAGAUAAGGGUCACACCACCGAACAGUGCUGGGUAUUAAAGGACCACCUCGGGCAGCUAGUCAAGGCCGGGCACUUAAAGGAUUUUGUGCUAGACUUGGGGGAUAGAGUCGUAGAGCAAGAUACCCGGCCAAGGGGAAACCCUCUCCCACCCCUUGUGGGGGUAAUUGAAGUAAUCCAUGUUGCGCUGGAGAAGCUCAUUGUAGGAAGGAGGAAAGGAGUGUUGAUAAUGGUACCGGUAGAAGGUAACCCGGGUCUACAUUCGCCGGGUAAGAGGAUGAAGUUUGCACGGGAGCCCGUCUCGUUUGAUGAUGACGAUUUAGAGGAGAUGAUUUAG